GCGGCCAACACCGGCCAUGUGCGCGAAAUAGAAAAAAAAAUAUUUUUUCUCGUCGGGUAAAUUUAGAAUUAGAUGAUAACGCGUUUUUAUCUAAACGAUGAGAUCACUACCUCGCGAUUAUAAUCCAUUAAUUUUUAUAGAUGUGUAGAAAAAAUGAAGUUUGCGCUAACUUUUAUCAUAGUGACUUUGGUGAUACUUAUAGUGGUUGGUGACGUGUUGGAUGCGGAAGAUAAAAGUUCAGUGAAACCAAGUGGUUCACAUCAAAAGGAAUACAUAUUUUGGAAGAAAGACCGUAGAAAAAGAGAAUUAACUCAAAAGCAAAUAGAGAAAUCUUUGAGAUGUAAAAGAUACACACAGACUUAUUUCACCAGAUGUACGUCCUACAGAAACUGUAAAAUUUACGAUAAUUACAACCCUUGCAGGAAAAUUUAUUGCGAUUCAUGUCCAACAUCAUAUUGUAGGCGUAGGUGUCCAAAAAAGUAUACUACCCCUAUACCAUACAAUGCUUGUGAAUGUGAUCGAUAUGGGUCCAUCUCCAACAAUUGUGACGCCACUGGGCAAUGCAUCUGCAAGACAAAUUUUGACGGAAAAAAAUGCGAUAAAUGCAAACAAAAGUAUUGGCUUAAUAAAAGCAACUUUUUAUGCGAACAGUGUCUUUGUAACCCGGAUGGGUCUCUAAAUUUGUUUUGCAAUCAAAACACAGGGCAGUGUCCAUGCAAACCUGGAGUGACGGGUUUCAAGUGUGACGAGUGUAAACACGACUAUUAUGGCAACAUAACAACACAAUGCAGACCUUGCGAUCCUUGUACGAAACCUGGACACCAUUGCGAUCAGCUUACAGGCAAAUGCGUUUGCCCGGAAAACACCGAAGGACAGUACUGUGAAAGGUGCAAAACCGACUCUUGGGGUUACGAACCUGGACUCGGUUGCAAACCAUGCACUUGCGAUUCCAAAGGUAGUACUGAACCUUGCGAUACUCUUACAGGUGCGUGCACCUGUCACAAAGGUUACGAAGGUUUAACUUGUUCAAAUUGCACUGUGGGGUACCACAGGUUCAAUGAGCAUUGCACCGACUGUAAAUGCGAUCCCAGAGGUUCUAGGUGCAUCGAUGAUGUAUGCCAGUGCAAUAAAAACGGCGAUUGUGACUGUAAAGCGUACGUAACAGGAAAAAAGUGCAACCAAUGCAGCCCACACACCUUUGGCCUCAACAAAUACAAACCCAAAGGUUGCACGGAAUGUUUUUGCUAUGGCAGAAGCAAAAAUUGUCAAGAUUCCAAGUACAACUGGGACAAAAUUCGAAGUACUAAACUGGAUCUAAGCGUAAUAAACUGCAUUUCGCGAUCUCCUUGCUACUACCUUCCCUCUCAAUUUCUCGGGGACAUAACGACCUCUUUUGGGGGCUUUAUCACCGUGGAAACGCAAAAUAAUUUCCAAAUUUUCCUGAAAAACCCUCGAGGCAUCGUCGUGGAAAAUGACCACACGAAAAAUCGCAGCGAAAACGUAAAAUUGGACGAAUUAGAUUGGAGGUUAAAAUAUGACGAUUACGAUUUCAUGCCGGCAAAUUGCAAGAGCAGGUUGUCGAGGAAUUGUCUCAUGCUGGUUUUGCAGAAUGUUAAAGACAUUUCCAUAGAACCAUUACAUGGGGAAGUACUAAACAUAACUGAAGUGUUGAUGGACUUCUCGAGCGAGAAUCUGCCCAUAAGGCACGAAAAAUACUCGACUGUGGAAAAGUGCGAAUGCCCCCCUGAAUACACAGGGCUGUCCUGUCAAAAUCCGAGCCCUGGUUAUUACAGGAGCUUCGAAAAUCCCGUAUCGGAGUACGAUAGAAUCAUAGGGGCGGCUAAAAAGUGCGAUUGCAACGGAAAAUCCGAGGAAUGCGAUCCAAACACGGGCCAUUGCAAGAACUGCCGGGAUAAUACUUUUGGUAGUCAUUGCGAACUGUGCGCUGAAGGUUUUUACAUGGACGAGUACCAAGAGAAAUGCGAACCUUGUUUAUGUCCUUCGGCUACCGAAAAUAAUUCUAAAGGGUGCACAAUUUCCACUACUGGGUUUAUUUGUAAAUGCAAAACAGGCUACAAAGAACCGAAUUGCAAAGAUUGCAAGGACGGUUACUACAGGGUGAACGGUAAGUGCGAAUCGUGCGAUUGCGAUUCGAAAACCACCACGAACGCUCAGUGCGACCCCGAAACCGGUAAAUGCGACUGCAAAGCCGGUUUCACCGGCGACAAAUGCUCGCAAUGCGUGCGCCCCAGAGAGUACGUCAGAAACGGAAUCUGCACGCCUUGCGAUGAGUGCACUCAGCUGUUGUUUAAAGAGCUGGAUACUCUCAAGUGGGCGAUCAACGAGACUCUGGAUCAGUUUCGGGAUGGGAUAGGGCCCCCGUGGGAUCAACUGAUGGGGGUUAUGGAUGGGCACAAAUUGCUGUCGAGUCGGUAUAAAAUUACGUACGAAAAAGUGCACGAUUUGCUUGAAACCAUAAACGUGCCGAAUUUGGAGGCAAAGAUCGAUAAAAUUGAGAAGUACGUGGGGAUUUUGAAGGGCGAUAAAAACGGCGAGAAUCGGGUCGAGAAGUUGGAGAAAUCCUCCAAAGUUUUGAGAGAAGACAUAGAAAAUUUGGACGAACGGGUUUUGAAUGUGGUGAACAACUUAAACGUAUUCAACAACAAACAUUUAAACGUCAGCGAAGCACUUGAAGAGGCAGAUGAAAUCCUCAACGAUAUUCACGAUAAAUCUCGACGAUUUAACAACGCCACUUACGAAGUGCAGUUCAAGAAGUGCAACGACGUGUACAAUAAAAUCCAAGAGGUUUAUAAGGACGACAACAUAAGCCCCAACAGGUUGAGAGAGCUUCUGAGUCAGCUCAUAGAAAAACUCAAAAAUCUCAACAAGAUAAACGAGGAAAUAUUGAAGACAGCUCCUCUGGCCGACCACAAGAACAAAUCGAACAGAAAACGUUUGGACGAUUUGAGAUUGAAGAUAAAAAUGAUGGAGGAAAACAAAGAACAAAUCGAAUCCAAUCUAACUGAUGCAAAAGACAAAAUUAUAGCAGCAUCCUCACUUUUAGAGGAGACUAAAAACGUUUACGAAUCCCUCAAAGGAAUCCGCCCGGAUUACUCAAAACUGCGCAAACGGCAGCUGGAAAAAGACACGGAUUACUACGACUACCUCAUGGACGAGGUAGAUGACCACUUGGAGAAGCUCCAAGACACGUUCGACUACUACAAGGGCCUCUUCAACUUCACCAACGAAGAGUGGAGGAAGAUAAAUGCUAGCGUUGCGUACGAAGAGAUCGUCAGGCAAAUCGAAGACGUCAAUUUGACGGCCAACGAGGCCAAAAGGAAGAUACAGGAGGCCUUUCGGAUUUUGGAACCGAGCAAUAACGAUUCAAUACAGGAUUUGGCGGUUUUGUCUCAGGCCUAUUCCGACAGGUUGAACCACAGGAUCCAAAAUCUUAAAGAUAUACAACCAGAGUACAAUGAUGUAAAGAAAAAAGUUGACGAUUUAAAAUACAAUAUUCUUACCACUGGUAAGAAGAACAACGACUUAAACGCCAUUUUAAACAACAUGAAGAAUGAGUUAAACAAGCAUUGGGAUAAAAAACGAAAAAUCGAAGAUACCUUGACAAAAAACGAGAACGUCUCAGAUCACAUGCAGAAAAUCCUAAGUGACGUUAACAACAUGAAUAUCACCAUACAGUACAAUUUGUUCCAGAAUUACAAGAAGUACUUGAACCUAUUUUCAAAAGAUGAUAUUGAUGAUUUAAAAUCCAAGUAUUCCCCAGACCUAAACGAUGUAAAUUCAAACGAAUCCACUUUCGACGCGUUAAAAAACAUAAAAAUAAAAAAAUACAACAUAACGAACUAUAAGGCUCCCACGGACAUAUCAAGGAGGCUGGAGGAGCUGCGCGGAAAAAUCAUGGAGGCCAAGAACCUCGCAAACUCGCUGAUCAUAUUCCUGGAUUUGACCGGCUGCGUGCGCACCUACGCUGUGCCCGAAACCGAGGUUUUCGAGAAAUUCAGCUUCACCUUCAGGUGUCGCAGCUGCGUGCCGUUGAAGCUGCGCAUCGGGGACGAAGAUUUUCUGCGUUUCAGCGCGGAAAAUUACGAGAUCCAGGCGGAUUUCAAGGAUGACAGCCGCUUAAGCUUCGGAAAGUUUAACGCGACUGUGAAUGUGAAGCUGGUCAGAUAUGGUCCGAAUUUGAGCAUAAAAAUAGGAAGCACAGUCAAAAUAGUAAAAGAUGUGUUUAAAAACGAUGACACGGUAACUGAAAUUGAAGUGGGUGAUGCAAAUAAUGUCGGAGGAACUUUGUAUGCAAUGCGAUAUAAUAGAGAAGCCAUGGGACUUUGGAACUUCAAAACCAACACUCCGAAUAGCUGUAGGGGAUCUUCGGAUCUAUAUCCUGUGGAUAAUAUCGACAGACAUUACUGGAACGGAAAAGGUUACGCGGUUUAUAAAAAUAAUGCCCUCAAAAGCAUAUAUCAGUACGUGUUGACUUUCGACUUCAAGACUUUUGAUGAAAACAGUUUACUGUAUCUUUCUUAUUAUGAGGGGUGUAAAUACAUGGCUCUGUAUAUAAGAGACCGCAGACUCCAUUUCAAGUGGAACAACGUCGAAGUGCAUACAUUAGAUUUCCCUCAAAUUGUAUCCAACGGUCAGCAAAACAAAGUGACGAUCAAAAGCUUGCACCAAAACGGGAAACAAACGAUAAAACUCGACUUGAACGAUGAUUCUCAAAAUACGGUUUUCGAGCUGAACAGAAAGGACAUUUUCAAGUUCAAAAAGGCCCAGCACUUGGUGGCGGGAGUCGAUCCCACGUUUGAGAAGUGCGAGGGGAUGGAUUUCGAGACGAGGUCGUUUUUGGGGGAGUUGAAGGAGUUGAGUAAUAAUGUGAAGGAAGUGCAAUCGCAUGGCACUUCGAAACUUGAAGAGUUUAAGUUCAACAAAGCUUGGUUUAAACCGAACUCCAAGCUUAAGUUGGAGUUCGACGAAACGUACAACACUUUGGGUUUUUUGUUGCGACCGAACGCAACCAUAUCAUCCGCUAACGUAAUGAACAUAAAAAACUUGGCUAAACUAAUCAUCAAAAAUCAAAAACUUAUCAUCGAACUGCCGAACAAUCAAAAGUACACGAUCGAAAACGAGUUGAUUGUUCCCAAUAAGUACCAUUACAUCGAGUUCGAUGUAAAAGGCAACGUUUUGAGGGUUAAUGGGGCCGAGAAAAAUGUGAUGUUCUCCUCAAAAGGACUCUUGAGUAGCAUAACAUUCGGUGACGAUUUUCCGAGUUACAUUGGCGGGUUCUACCAGCUAAUAUUGAAUGAAAACAGGCCUCAAUAUCUGGACCAAAGCAGCGUGAAGAGUUUCGAAAACGUCGACAUAGGUCGGGAGGAACCCCUAAGGAUAAAAAAGUCGGUUAAAAAGGGGAGAAAGUUCAGCCCGAAAAUGCCGAACGAAAUAAUGCAAAAAACCGAAAGUUGCACUUCUAUAUCAGGGACUGAGCCGGUGAAAGGAGCUGCCAAAUUCGGAAAUAAAAAUAACAGUUAUGCUAAAAUAAGUGUUAACUUUAACUUGAAGAAGAGUUUUAACCUGUCGUUUCAAUUUAGGACUUUUUACCCACAGGGGGUGCUGAUUUUUGCGGAGGGCGGUAGAAACCAUUAUUUAGCAUUGCAACUAGAAAAUGGCAAACUAAAAUUAAACAUAAAAGGCAAGAAAGAAAAAAGGCCGAAAAUACCCGACGUCGACGUAAAUGACGGUAAAUGGCAUAACUUGACGAUAUCUUUGACCGUCGUAAAGAAAUCCAAAAAAAUGAGCAUAACUUUGGAUGGUGCUUCACACGUCUCGAAAAUCAACAAUGCCAACCUUAAACCUUUGCUGUACAUGGGGGGAAUCCCAGAGAAUUUGGGCACCGUGAAUUUGAAUUUGCCUCAAUUUAGGGGUUGCAUUAAGGGUUUUUCUUUCAACGGCAAAACCCACGAUUAUCAUGACAGUACAAAUGUGGGGCAGUGCUUCGCAAAAAUUGAAAAAGGCGCCUAUUUUGGCGGAGAUUCCUAUGCUGUAUACCAAAAUAACUACGAAAUAAACUCGCAAUUCGAUGUGAGGUUCGACUUCCGAACUUCGGAGCAAAAUGGAGUUUUGUUGAGCAUCUCAAACUCCCAAAACAGCCCGGCGCUGUCCAUUGAGCUGCAAAACGGGGCCUUGGUGAUGGCCGUGGAUAUGGGAAACGGCAUCACGAAUAACGUUUCGAAUAAUUUGAACUCUGAAUUCGCGCUUUGCAACUACAAAUGGCAUAGCGUCAAAACUUCUUAUUCCACGUCGGAGUUGACAGUUAACGUCGACGGUAUCACCAAAACUUGGGUUAUACCGUAUUCGGAUUCCGCUGAUAUUAACGCCCCACUGUAUAUUGGAGGAAUAGCAGAUUCAGCUCCUGUGGGGACCCUUAAAGCAAGAGAAAACUUCAAAGGUUGCAUACGCAACGUUCUAAUAAACAGCGAUAUAACGGACUGGACCGAUAUGCACAACUUGCACAAUAUCAUGUUGAAUUCUUGUCCUACGGAGUAGAAACAAAUAUUCCAGAAAUCAUUUAUAACUUUUUAACUGCCAUAAAUAACGCGAUGUUUUUAUAAAAUGUCGUCGAUGUACAAAAAUCGUUCAAAUGAAACUAUUUAUUUAAUUAAUAUAAUAUACAAAGUAUUAUACCAGAAUGUAUUAUAUAAGUCAGAUUAAUUGUAUGUGUACGUGUUAGUGUAAAUAUUUUUGUACAUACUAUUUAAUGUUAUUAUAUUUGCCAUAGGAUGAAAAAUAUGUUGGAUUUUUAUUAUAUAAAUUUGUAUUUAUAGUUUGUAGAAAUGUG